CGCUUUUUUAUUAUAUAAAUGCUAAAUCGUAUAUAAAAUAUAUAUUAUUUGUAUUAUUUCAAAAUGUUUCACGAAAAAACUUCAGUUUUGGUACUGAUAUCUUUAGUUGGGUACUGUUUGGGUGUUAAAGUUUGCCCAACAGAAAGUGAUUAUAAUAAUUUAUUUUCCACAAAAUGUAGUGAAAAUCCAGAUGCUGGUGCUUCGCCGAAAGAAAUAGUGGACAGAUGGAAUAUUUCGACACAAACUGAACAUUAUUUGGUAACGUCCGAUGGUUAUGUGUUCCUAGUUGUACAGUGUGUACCCUAUAUCGAAGAUCUUUCAGCUGCUGCAGUUGUAUUGGGACAUGGUAUUGCUUUGAACAGCAGAGGGUAUCUUAACAUGAAGAAUAACACUUUAGUUUACAAUUUGCUUAUACACAAACAUCAGGUUUAUCUAAUUAACUUCCGUGGAACGAUAUUCAGCACCAACACUACUAAUGGAAUUUCAAUUGACCAGUUUGAAUACUGGACUUUUACAUACGAACAUUUGGGAUUAGAAGAAGUAGCUAUAACUAUCAGUCUAGCUAAAAAUAUAACAAAUCGUAAAGUUGUUUACGUAGGUUUUUCUUUAGGUACUACAGCUGCUUUCGCUUUAUGUAGUUUAAAACCUAUUUUCUGUAAAGAAGCACUUGUUGGUAUUGUGGCUUUGGCUCCGGUGGCCUAUUUGGAUAUACUUAUUCCAUCAGCUCUUGGUCUACUUGCUCCAAUUUGGCCAGUAAAUGAGCAUUUUGUGAAAGAAAAAUAUAAUGGCAGGAUAAUGCCUAGAAAUGAAAAUGAGUUAAAGUUAUAUACAUCAAACUCUAUAUCAAUGAAGAUUUUUUACAACGAACGAAUUUUAUUCUUUGGAAAUAAUCCCGGAUCAAUUCCUUGGCAAUAUUAUCCAGUUUGUAUUAUCAACAAUCCUGACGCAAUUGGUCAUAAUGUAGUGGAACAUUUCGAUCAAAAUAUACUUGCUGCACAAUUUAGACGGUUUGACUACAAGGAUAAGAACAAGAACACUGCUGUCUAUGGUACACCUGAUCCUCCGAAUUAUGCUGUACCAGACAUUUCCGUGAAAGUUAGUUUAAUGACUGGAAAGAACGACCUUUUAGCAACUGAAAAAAAUGCCCUAAAAUUAUGGAAUAAUUUAUCACUUUCGGCGAGAUGUACAUUCCAUAGUAUAGAUGAACCUAAUUUCACCCACGAAAACUUCAUGCAACACGAGUAUUUGUUCGAAAAAUUAGUUAAUCCUGCACUAACAAUAAUAAAAAAUAUGGAAGGUGGUAUAUGUUCAUAAAUAAAUGUGC